UCAAAUCAGUACAGCGCCAGAAGCAGGACUGAUCAAGGAGCAAGAAAACAAGAUGAAUGAUGUGAAACUUGCUGUCCUGGGUGGUGAAGGAACAGGCAAGUCUGCCCUUACAGUAAGGUUUCUUACCAAGCGAUUCAUUGGAGAAUAUGCUUCUAAUUUUGAAUCCAUCUAUAAUAAGCAUUUGUAUUUGGAAGGGAAGCAACUGAAUCUAGAAAUAUAUGACCCUUGUUCUCAAAAAGCAAAAUGCUCCCUCGCCAGUGAGCUGCACUGGGCAGAUGGGUUUGUUAUUGUGUAUGACAUCAGCGACAGGUCUUCCUUUGCUUCAGCAAAAGCACUGAUAUACAGAAUUCGGGAGCCACCAACUAGUCAUUGUAAAAGAGCUGUGGAAUCAGCUGUACUUUUGGUCGGUAACAAGCAAGAUCUCUGUCAUGUGCGAGAGGUUGGCUGGGAAGAAGGGCAAAAGCUGGCACUGGAUAACCGCUGCCAGUUCUGUGAACUGUCUGCGGCAGAGCAGUCUCUGGAGGUGGAAAUGAUGUUUAUCAGAAUUAUCAAGGACAUCCUGACAAACUUCAAACUCAAAGAAAAGAGAAGAUCCAGUGGAUCGAAAUCAAUGGCCAAACUGAUCAAUAACGUAUUUGGAAAGAGACGGAAAUCUGUGUAGUGGACAGGUCAUCCUAGGAGAUUUUUUAUAUCAGAGUUUCAACAUUGAGAUGAUAAUUAAACUUACCCUUUGUAUGAAAUUUAAAAAAUCUCUUAGAGAUGUGAAGUGACUGAACAUGAACCACAGAUGUUUUUAAACACGUAGUUUGCCUUUUUUGAGUUUUGUAUCUUUUACACUCUGCUUCACACUUAACCUUUUCUUUAUUAUGCAAAAUGUCACUUAAUAUAACUAGGGGUGGGCUCAUGUAGUUAAUAUUCAUAUAGUAAGUAAAUUACAGGGCUUGAUAUAUCAAUUCGUGGAAAUUCAUGGUCUAGUCAAUAGAAAUGCAUGGCUAAUUUUUAAAGUGUCCUUACAAUAAUCCAGUGAGUUACUUGAUAUUACUUAUAUCAUGAUAUUUAUUACUUAUAUUACUUAAUCAAAUUUUUCUUAUAACUUAGGCCUGAAGAAUGUUAAAUUCCUUGUCCAUACAUUCAUAGUUUGUUGUUGAUUUAAUGAUGAAAGAGUCUGCCUUACCUUAUAUGCUAUAUUAACAGGGGUAACAUUACCGAGAAAAUAACUUACACAGUUAAGAUCCUUUUCAUAUCAAAAGAUUAGUGUUUUUUAGUUCUAUAGAAAUCCAUACAUCAUAGGGAAACAAAAAAGUAAAAAUUGGUUGUUAAACUUAUCCUUGAAGAUCUUAUUGCCCUGAAAUAAAUAUUGCA